ACAACAAAAGAAGGAAGGAAGCUUUGGAUUUUGAUUGUUUCUUUCUUUCUUCUCGCGGUUUCCAAAUCCCCAAAUCUCAAUCCACAAAUUCACAGCAAUCCGAUUCCCCAAUUGAUUAAUGCGAAGAGUAGUGAUUACGUCAGCAUAGAUAUUUCCGCGGCGGAGGAUUGUGAUGGCGCGAGGCGGCGGCGUAGUGGAGUCGGCGGCGGCGGUGAUAGCUUACAAUCUCAAAGAGUCGUCGAGCUGGUGGCACGACAUCAAUGCCUCGACGCUUUGGCAGGAUCGUAUCUUCCACGGCCUCGCCGUCCUCUAUGGCCUCGUCGCCGUCGUUGCUGUGGUUCAAUUGGUUAGGAUACAAGUGCGGGUGCCGGAGUACGGCUGGACCACGCAGAAGGUCUUCCACUUUCUCAAUUUCGUUGUGAAUGCAGUGAGAGCAGCAGUGUUCAUUUUCCGCCGGCAAGUACAGAGGCUACAUCCAAAGAUUGUGCAACAUGUGUUGCUUGAUAUGCCGAGCCUGGCUUUCUUCACGACUUACGCGCUUUUGGUUCUGUUCUGGGCGGAAAUCUACUAUCAGGCGCGUGCUGUUUCUACGGAUGGACUGAGGCCGAGCUUCUUUACUAUCAAUGCUGCUGUUUAUGUAGUUCAGAUAACUAUGUGGUUUAUAUUAUGGUGGAAGCCUGUCCCAGUCGUGGUCAUCUUAUCUAAAGUGUUCUUUGCAGGUGUCUCUUUAUUUGCAGCCCUUGGAUUUCUUCUGUAUGGUGGAAGGCUCUUUUUGAUGUUGCAGAGAUUUCCUGUGGAGUCAAAAGGAAGACGUAAGAAGCUGCAGGAGGUUGGCUACGUGACAACCAUAUGUUUUACCUGUUUCCUCAUCAGAUGCGUAAUGAUGUGCUUAUGUGCAUUUGACAAGGCAGCGGACCUUGAUGUUUUGAAUCACCCAGUUCUAAACUUGAUAUAUUACUUGUUGGUGGAGAUAUUGCCUUCUUCUUUGGUUCUUUUCAUUUUAAGAAAGUUGCCUCCAAAGCGUGGGAUCACACAGUAUCAUCCUAUCCGCUGAUGGUAUGAUAAAAGCAAAAGCAACCAAGGUGAGGCAGUUACGAAUAUAUCGACUUUGAGAUACUUAUCUACCGAGGACAAUGAAAAUCAUGAAGGGACGACGCGAAGUUGGCCAUUCUGUGCUUGCGGAGGAAUUGUUGUGUUGGGAAGUUUUGUUCUCAGCAGGGGUGGUGGAUAUGUUAAAAAGAAUCAACCUUUUAAUUGUUGCGUAUAUGUUAGUAUCAUGGUCUUUUUAUUUUGGAUGUCUUCAAAUCAUACUACUGGUGCUUUGAUGUUUAAACAGCGUCUUUAACUAGGUGCCUCCAUGAAAAGUGGACCCAAAAAAGUGUGGUAAAUCGAUAUGCUGAAAUCAUAAAUAAGGACCGAUUCAUGUAUGUUGGUAUAGAAGUGAAUGGUAACAUCUCUAUUGUUGCCACUGCUCUCACGACAUCCUGGUGUUCUUCAUUUUUUUACUUGUCGGAAUAGAGAAGGCAAUGUAUCCUGUGUUUUGUGGUGUUGGAAUCUAUUAUAUCCAAGGCUAUUCUUACUCUGUGUGUGUGUGUGUGUGUGGUGCUGUGUUGGGGGAUUGGGAUGUAGAUUUCCACUAUGAUCUGUGCAAAUUUGUGCAAAUCCUAGCAAAUGGAAAUCCAGGAAGAAGUAUGCGCAAGAAAGAGGAAGCAUACCGUGUGUUGAGGACAUGAUGCUUCUUUCUAUUCAUGGAAGGAAGAACAAUCUUUAAGGCCUAUCCGCAACGCCUCCCGGAUUCGCACCUGAAAA